AUGGCCAGUCGCUCAAAGGUUACCAUCGCCUUGCCAUCUCGGCUCGGCGUACUCGUCCUGCCUCCCGGGCAGAUCCUCUUCCCCUCGCUCUUGCUCUCGAUCCAACUCAACCGGAAAGACUCGAUCAACCUCGUCCAGAGCGUGCUCAAAUCGGUAGAAGAGUCAAAGAAAGCUGGCAAUCUGUCGCCCGAUGGAGCGGGCAUGGCUCUCGUUGGCGUUGCUCCCCUCAACGCUGCUGCUGCCGAUAGAGCUAGAUCGCUUGCGAGCACGACAAAGGACGACGAGAAGCGAAAGGCUUCGGAGCUGCAGGUCAUUCGUUUGCCUGCCGACGAUCGCACGGGCAAUGGCCAAUCGACCAAGCGACCUACUGUCCAAGAUAUCUUUGACUGGGGCUGUCUGGCUCGUAUCGUUCGACUUGAGCGCACAUCUAUCGGCUACAUCGUCGUUGUUGAGGGACUUGCCCGGAUCAGGUUAGACAGGUUUACGCAGGUCGGAUCACCCUACUUUGAAGCCUUUGUAUCUUCUUUCAUCGAAGAGCCCCUCGACAGCUCACAAGACUCCAUCAAGCUGCUUGAUGAGCUCAAGGAACUCGCUGAAUCGCUCUUGUCGACCUUUACCUCGCUCAGAUUAGCCUUGCCACCGGGCAUCGCCAAGCGCAUCAAGUCUAUGGUGUCCUCAGUCGAUGUAGACACUGCAGGUCUUCUGGCUGAUGUGCUCAUCUCCACCUUAUCGCCUUUGCAGUCAGACAAGCUCGACAUUCUCUCGCUUGUGCCGACCAGAGAUAGACUGGUCAAGGCGACAACGCUGCUGUCUCGCGUCAACGAGGAGACCAAAGCCACCAAGUCGAUCGGCGAAAGAGUGGAAGGCAAUCUCUCGCGCAGACAGCGAGAGUUUUUCCUGCGAUCACAGAUGGAAGCUAUCGCGCAAGAACUCAAAGAUCUCGACCGGGCUGAACGCAAUACUACCCCUCGCGCGCCCACGACACCCACUGGUAACAGGGGCGGCUUCAUCGUCGACGGUGGAGAGGGGGAGGAAGACGAAGAGAUGAAGGAGCUCGAGAACAGAUUGGAGAAGGCUGGUCUGCCUACAGACGCUCAUAAACUCGCCCAGCGCGAGUUCAAACGGCUGAAGAAGAUCCCUCAGCAAUCAGUCGAACAUGGUGUCAUUCGUAAUUACCUCGAUUGGCUCGCCGACAUGCCCUGGUCCACUUCGACCCCAUUGACGCUUGACAGGGACUUCUUGCAGACGGCUCGUAAGCAGCUCGAUGAGGAUCACUUUGGUCUUGACAAAGUCAAACGACGUCUCAUAGAGUAUCUAGCCGUUCUGCGACUGCGACAAGAAGUCUCAGAAGCGAAUGACCAAGCCAGCUCGAAGAAGCAGCAGGAUCUGCUCCUGAAAGAUGCCGGCGACAAGCGUGUUCUUGCCGACGUUCUCACUGGUCAGGACAGCAUGGCUCUAUCCACGACAGAAAUGACCGAGCAAAACGAAGACACGCCAAUGGAGGUCGAGUCCGUCAAGCCCAAGGCAGUCGUCCGAGCCCCGAUUUUGCUGCUCGUCGGUCCACCGGGCGUAGGCAAGACGUCCAUUGCUAGAUCGCUCGCGACUGCCAUGGGCAGACAGUUCCACCGUGUCUCGCUAGGCGGAUGCUCGCACGAAAGUGACAUCCGGGGUCAUCGCAGAACAUACGUUGCUGCCAUGCCAGGCCUGAUCUGCACAGCACUUCGCAAGCUCGGUGUCAACAAUCCCAUUAUGCUACUCGAUGAGAUCGAUAAGCUAGGCGCGGGAGGAUUCAACGGUAAUCCCGAAGCAGCUCUGCUCGAAGUACUCGAUCCCGAGCAGAACUCUGCUUUCCAAGACCACUAUAUCGGCACGCCUUUCGAUCUGAGCAAGGUCCUCUUUGUUGCCACUGCUAACUCACUCGAGACUAUCUCUGCGCCGCUCAGAGACCGUAUGGAGAUCAUCGAAAUUCCGGGCUAUGUCUAUGACGAGAAGAUCGCCAUUGCGAAGAAGUAUCUCUUGCCCGAGCAGAUGGAGCACAACGCACUCGCGACCGGACAGAUCCAGAUCUCAGACGACGUGCUCGCCACCGUCAUCACGUCUUACACCCGCGAAGCUGGCGUCAGGACGCUCGAGCGAGAGAUCGGGGCUAUUUGCAGAGCCAAAGCCGUCCAGUAUGCAGAGAUAAGAGAUUCGGCUGAUCCUUCGGCUUACGAUGCCAACGUUCUCGAAGCCGAUCUCGAGACCAUCCUUGGCCUGCCAAAGUUCGAUCCAGAAAUUACAGACUUUGAUGCGCGACCUGGCGUUGCUACUGGCUUGGCCUAUCAAGGUUCAGGCAACGGUGGUAUCCUUCAUAUCGAGAGCACGGCUAUGCCUGGGAAAGGUGGCAGUAUAAAGCUCACAGGAUCUCUGGGCGAUGUCAUCAGCGAAUCUGCUCAGCUCGCUCUUUCGUGGAUCAAGACCCAUGCUUGGGAACUCGGUCUGGUAUCUGAGCGUGGCGACGAAGUGCUGGACAAGACGAACAUCCAUUUGCAUCUGCCGAGCGGAUCGAUCAAGAAGGACGGCCCAUCUGCGGGUAUCGGGAUGGUCGUCUCCCUCGUCAGCUUGCUCAAAGACGUUGCUGUCGAUCCCAAGCUCGCCAUGACGGGCGAGAUCACGCUCCGCGGUCUCGUGACGCCUGUGGGCGGUAUUCGAGAGAAGGUGCUAGGCGCUCAUCGAGCGGGUAUCACGAAGAUCUUGUUACCCACUCGCAAUCGUAAGGACGUCGAGGCGGAUGUGCCUCAGCGCGUCAAGGACGAUAUCGAGUUUGUGUACAUCGCUACGAUCCAGGAGGGUCUCAUGGCCGCCUUUGAAGGCGAGCUAUGGACACACGAUGGACAUGCAAAGCGCAACCGCUUCAUCGAAGGCCCUCGCUUGUAG